CUCCAACCCCACCAACCCCAUCACCAUCACCAACCCCACCACCCGCCAUGGCCAGUCACGGAAUUAGUCGUACGGAGUAUCACAAGUCACGGAAUGAGGAGGUAAAAGAGAAAGAACGCAAGAAGCUCAAAGACUAUCGGGCUCUCGUCGAAGAGACACAGCAGAAGAGAUCCUCUAACGACUACACCCCAGCCGCUCUCGAGCUCACCUCGAAAGUCUUAAAAAUAAACCCUGAGUUCUACACGAUAUGGAACUACCGCCGGCAAAUCCUCCUCCACACGCACCUUGCGCAGAGCGUAAACACCGAUGAUGCGGAUCCACAGGACACAGCUCGACUGGUAGCUCAGCUGAAGGAGGAGCUAGGGUUCCUCAUACCGCUGCUAAUGGCAUACCCGAAAUGCUAUUGGAUCUGGAACCACCGACUGUGGACUCUACAGCAAGCGGGUACACUCCUGAAGCCGGCGGAUGCUACGAGGUUCUGGGCCAAGGAGAUGGACCUCGUAGGUGUCAUGUUGACGAGGGAUAUGCGGAACUUCCAUGGCUGGUUUUACCGCCGGAUUGUAGUUGCGAAUAUCGAGAAUCCGGCCGAGGGCGGGUAUAAGAGCAUGGUGAAGGAGGAAUUCGAGUACACGAAGAGGAUGGUUCGUGGUGUGGGUGGAAUGACGAACUACUCGGCAUGGCAUCAGAGGGGGGCUCUGUACCCCCGGCUUCUUGCAGAGGAAAACAAGGAUGAGCAGGAGAGGAUGGACGUCCUGGAGGAUGAGCUUGAAUUGCUGCAGAGCGCUAUUACAACGGAUCCGGAGGAUCAAAGUCUGUGGUAUUAUCAUCGAUGGCUGGUGUCGGCGAGGGACGAAACUUCGAUCGCACCAAAGAUGCCCCGGGGAACGAGGAUAGCCUUGGUGGAGCAUGAACUCGAGUGGUUGAAGGAUCUAUUGGGAGAGCACUCUGACUCCAGAUAUAUCUUGAAAGCUCUGGUGCUAUAUGUACAACUACUUCAGGGGCUGAGGAAAGAACCCCGUGAUGAAGAUGACGACGAGAAUGAGGAGGAAGUAGACGAGGCGGCAGAAAACCAGCAAAUACUGGAAUGGCUAGAGUCAUUGGAGUCGCUCGAUCCAAUGAGGAAAGGCAGGUAUAUCGAUUUAGGGAAACGGAUUCGAGGCACACAGUAGAGUUAUUUAUUUUCCGAGUCCAGUAGUUGCAGCAAUCUUCUCUUCUUGGAAAGGGAAGUACGCCACCAAAGCUUUUGAUAGGGCGAAAGGAGGGCACCUGCAGCGUAAAUCUUUUGUGCUACGCUUUCCUUUAUGCUCUCCAGCAAGAGUCUAAAAUAGAUCAUGAUUCUCUGUGGGAGAUACUCAUUCAUCGCCGGUUGACACUUUGCAUGCAACCUGCGUGGCGUUUGCAGCCUCGAGAUUUGCAUCCCCUCACUGUCACAGGCUCACAGCUGGCAGUUUAUAACCUCAAUGUCCCAUGCUUCACAC